GGGAAAGGGCAACCGCGCGUUGGUUUUAAGCCAAUAAGCCGUUAAUUGAAUUCUCUCGCGUGCAAUCUGGAGCCAAAAGAGGAGGACAUUAUCUUCGAGAAUUCCUGGGAGUUCUGGAGAUUCGCUCAGUGCCGUACGUAAUUAUUCAGAGGGCCGCAAGAAUUCCACUCAGACUGCCGAGUGAGCGUUAGUCGCUGAUCUGCUCUCCUGAUCCCUGCCUUGAGGUCCCUCCUGGGUCGCUCUCAGCUUCUCUCUUACUGCCCAAAUAUUAUCAUUCUUCGCACAAUGCACUCCUGGAUUGCAUCAAUCAGGAGGCCUGAUCAGAGCAGAGAAAAUCUGAUAACAAGACACUCACACAAGGAAUAUCCCUCGCGUUCAUGAAUACCUUGCGAUAGGCAGCCGAUCUGCCGUAACAAGAAAUCACCUGGGGCCAAAUAGCUCCUUUUCGUAUUCCUGGAAUCACGUACACCACGUCCAAACGUCGUCCGGCCAGGCCCAAUGUCCAAACAUAUUGCGCAAAAUUCCCUAGACGACAUCGACGGUCCGAACACUGGAAUGAUCAAAACACCUUCCUAGGCAACUGCGCUCAGCCGCGGAGGGCCAAUCACACUAAACCCGAACUGUCUCCGCCAAAAUACACGCUCUCCUACUUACACGUUGCUCCCGACUUUGUACUCAUUGCUUGUAUUCUACUUGCUUUGUAUUCCGUCGUCAUGCUAGUCCCUCGCUUCCUCCUUCCAAUAUCCCUCACCGCCCUAGUAGCUGCUCGCUUACACCAUUCACUAGUGCCUGAAGACCCCUUUGCCUUUCCCAAGUAUAGAGUCACCUUUCUAAACGGACUUCCUGUGCUCAACGAAACUGCACAGCGGUGGUUUCAGAACGGCUUGAAGGGUGGUGAGCUCGAGUUCCUGGAACAGCCAUGGGACGAUAAUCAGUUCCGUGUGCCUCCUCUCAAAAGAAUUGAAGGGAGCGAAGAGCAGGGUUCCGUUGCAUCUAAACCUGAUGCGUCUCAUAUAUCAACUCCUCACUUGGAACUUCUGAAGCUUGGCCCUCGAGCAUCAUAUGCAUGUCUGAUACCUCCACCACCAGAGGAGGUCGCAUCACCCGUUGCAGACGAACCGUCUACGGACGUGACCCCUGGGCAUACGUGGUCUCUUCUCCAACCGCUCGCAGGGACGUGCCUAUACCAUAGGCAAGGUUGGUUUACAUAUGCCUACUGCCAUAAUUCCCACGUACGUCAGUUCCACGAACUUGCCAAUCCACAGGCCCAACGGCUUGGUGAAUAUAGACCAGAAGAAGACACUGAGUGGGAAGCUUAUACUCUGGGAAGAGCGCCUCCAACGCUGGACCCUGGUGCGGAUCUCACCGUAGCAGAAGAAGCUGCAUUGGCGGCAAACGUUGAAUUAGCCCGGGGCCCCGGUUCACGGUACCUGGUACAACGCUGGGGGGACGGAACUUACUGCGAAAAGACUGGCAGGAAGCGGGAAGCUGAAAUCCAGUUCCACUGCUCCAUGACCAUGACAGACACCAUCCUGUUCGUCAAAGAAACUCAAACCUGUCACUAUGUCAUCCACAUUGCCACUCCGCGUCUCUGCGGAGAGCCCGGGUUCAGGUCAAGACUAGACGCUAGGGAGGAAAGCUUCAUACGUUGUCGGGAAAUUCUGAACGCAGAUGCCUAUGAGGCCGCUGACCGAACACUCCCAGCGGCAGAUCAUCCCUUCAAGAUGCCGAGGAAGCUGAAACCUACGACGAUAGCGCCAUCGCCUCCUGCAGAAGAAAAGGACGGGAAACAACAGUCCGUGAAGAAAACACAACACGAUCUCAUUCGGAGGGCGCUUGAACGUCUUAUUGGAGGUGGCGAGCUCAAGGCGGGAGAAGUGUUUAUCGAACCUCUGGGUGAAGGGGACGACGAAGUCAUUAUUGAGUUUAUCGAGGCGGAUUUGGAGGGGGAUGAGUCGGCGGACAAGAAGUCGGUACAGGAGAAAGCGCACCCUUCUAUUGAGCAAGCCCUUCGCGCGGCUGGUUAUAAUAUCAAGGGCGAGAAGAAGAAGAAGGAUGACAAGUCGAAGACUGAGGGUCAAGACGGUAAACAGCGACGAGCGGCAGCCACAGGAAGGGAACCUCGAGACGAGCUGUAAUAUAAUAUCAUGCUUCCAUUAUAUUCACUGCUGCUGUGUGAUUAUACGCUCGUACCCCGCGAGAUCCACAAAUUCCGAUUGGCCCGUCAAUGCACAAAAUGACGACUUUAAUUCAAGCUUCGGACUCCAAUGUUCUUCAACGCUCUACUGUAAGUGCUCGCUUCCUCACACAUUCAACGUUCAACAUUUCCUGAUCGCGCAAUUCAACCUUCAAUUUAGUACUGUAGUUAGUUUUCAGAUGCAUGUCUACAAUUACAUGAACUCUCUUUCUAAUAUUGAUAACAUGCAAAAAGGGAUACAUAUUAAAACCGUUCUUGAAAAGAAAAGAAAAAGGGGGCC